AUGGAGCACAAGAAAGAACCUAUGGCAAUAUCACGACCAGAGGAGAUGGGACAGCGCAUGAGAUAUUCACACAUCAACAGUAUCGACGGAAUCAUCACAAUAUGGCGAAAGUCGGAGCACGGAAAAAUCAUGGACCAAAGCCGCAAGAGAUACAAUGUUUUCAAGGAAGGCCAGCAUCCAUCAUCUGGAAGAAUGUUUCUGAACUGGUUAGGGCAAAAAAAAUGGAAGAGGCGUGCAUCUUUAAGGGCACUAACACUUAAGGCUGUUAAAGCACCACAAACCUGGAUUCUUGAUGGCCUCGCAAAAUUGGGCAUGGGUCAUCAAAAGCCUCUGGCGAGCACAUAUUGCAGCAAAGAAGCGAAUCUCCAUGCUCAUCUCAAUCAAUGGUUUAACCAGCAUAUUUAG